UAGCGUGCAGGUCAGUGAGGAGUCCUAAAAUACUCUCUUUACCGCCUUGACACUCCCAGCGCCAUUAUACAAGAUGAAAGAAACGAUAAUGAACCAAGAAAAACUAGCCAAGCUGCAGGCACAGGUCCGCAUCGGUGGGAAGGGCACUGCUCGCAGAAAGAAGAAGGUUGUCCACAGAACAGCUACUGCCGAUGAUAAGAAGCUGCAGUUUUCCCUGAAGAAACUGGGAGUGAACAACAUCUCUGGUAUUGAGGAGGUGAACAUGUUCACGAACCAGGGGACCGUGAUCCACUUUAACAAUCCCAAAGUCCAGGCGUCUCUGGCUGCCAACACCUUCACCAUCACAGGUCAUGCCGAGACCAAACAGCUCACUGAAAUGCUGCCAUCUAUUCUCAACCAGCUGGGAGCAGACAACCUUACCAGCCUGCGCAGACUGGCAGAAGCACUCCCCAAACAAGCCGGAGAUGGAAAGGCGCCGGUUGCCGGUGGAGAGGAAGAUGAUGAUGAAGUUCCAGAUCUUGUUGAAAAUUUUGACGAGGCUUCCAAAGAUGAGGCAGAUUAACAUGGAUGGGCAGACGUUGGGCACGUCCGGUCUCAGCUGGGUCACACGGGACUCUGGGUUUUUUUUUUUUUAAUUAAAUAUUUCCCCACCCAUUUCUGCGAUACAUACUCGUGCACUGCUGUGUCCCCUUGUGUUCAAGCUGAGAGUGAGAAUGAGCACGUGUGUGUGUGUGCCCACAUGGAGCUUUACACACACACCGUGGUAUGGAUGUGUGUGUGUGUGUGUGUGAGUGGAUCCAGGGACGUCUUGGCUGUAUCAUGUUACUGAAGCUCACUCCUUUGCAGCCCGGCUGAAACCACCACCAACAACAUCUGGAAAUAAAAUAUUUGCUAUCAAUGAGCUUAUUAUAAA